AUGAAGAUGAUAGGAACAGGCCCAGGUGAUGCCUUGAUCGACCAAGAAACCUCACUUAGAGGGAGUCUGCUGCUUCAAGGAGGGGCCAACAGGAUUACUAAGUUCCCAGACUUAAUCACCAGGGAAAGCCUCUUGCUGGGCUUCUGGGUCCAGGGGAACAUCUCACCUUCCACACAACUGUGUCCUUUAUGCUUUUCCUGCCCCCGCCCCUCCUCCAACAGGCCCCAGACAGCAGACCUGAGGAACAGCAGCAGCACAGUGACCGAGUUCAUCCUCGUGGGCUUCGAGCAGAGCUCCCCUUCCACACGAGCUUUGCUCUUCAGCCUCUUCCUGGCUCUCUACAGCCUCGCCAUGGCCAUGAAUGGCCUCAUCAUCUUCAUCACCUGGACUGACCCCAGGCUCAACAGCCCCAUGUACUUCUUCCUUGGACACCUGUCUUUCCUGGACAUCUGCUUCAUCACCACCACCAUCCCACAGAUGUUGAUCCAUCUGGUGACCAAGGACCACACGGUCUCCCUUGCCUCCUGUAUGACCCAGAUGUACUUGGUCUUUCUAGUGGGUGUGGCCGAGUGCAUCCUCUUGGCUUUCAUGGCCUAUGACCGUUAUGUUGCAAUCUGCCACCCACUCAACUAUGCCCAGAUCAUGAGCCAGCAGGUGUGUGUCAGGCUGGUGUGUUCUUCCUGGAUCUUUGGGAUGGUCAAUGGCAUCUUUCUUGAGUACAUGUCAUUCCGGAAUCCCUUCUGCAAAGACAACCACAUAGAAAACUUCUUCUGUGAGGCCCCCAUAGUGAUUGCCCUCUCCUGUGGGGACCCUCAGUUCAGCAUGAAGUUGAUCUUUCUUGAUGCCAUUGUGGUGCUGCUCAGCCCCAUGGUGCUCAUUGUCACCUCCUAUGCCCGCAUCCUGACCUCCAUCCUCAGCAGAGCCUCCUCCUCAGGCAGGGGGAAGACCUUUUCUACUUGUGCCUCUCACCUGACUGUGGUCAUCUUUUUCUACACCUCAGCCAUGUUCUCUUACAUGAACCCCCGCAGUACACAUGGACCUGACAAAGACAAACCUUUCUCUCUCCUCUACACCAUCAUCACCCCCAUGUGCAACCCCAUCAUCUACAGCUUCCGCAACAAGGAAAUGAAGGGGGCCAUGGGGAGGGCUCUUGGGAGAGGCAACCUGGCCCAGGCAGAGUCUGUCUAGGAGAGAGAUACCUAGAGAGUUCCCUCCACUGGAGAGUGGAGAGGUAACCCCUUUCCUGGGCCUCAUCAUCUCUGCCAGACUCCGGGAAUGAGAUUCACAGCCACCUUAGCACUAGACUCAAGAUGAAAUUUCUUGUGUCCAUAUAUUUCAGCACAGAUGGAUCUUCUCUGACUUCCCUUAGUUUGGGGAAGGGAACAUCUCUGUGACCUGCAUGGGCGGCAGAGAGACAAUCUGGGGGAGAGGACAAGAAGGCAGUUGAGCACAAUGUGUAUCAGUGAUCAACGCUGGUUCAGACGUCCGGAGUCGGACCCCAAGUUGUUUAUUAGGCAUAUUUAAACAUAGCACAAUCUGGUGAAAACUAUUCUUGUGGUGAAUAACUGAACCCUGCAUAUACAACAACACAUACCUAGAUCUCUGAGGAACAAAGCUAAAUACCGAUCAGACGUGACGAUAUCAAAACUCUUUGUAAAAUGCAUGUGACACUUUUCAUAAGGAUAGAUUCUAUAGAUUGACUGAGAAAAACGAGUUUUCUAGCAACAUCUGGAGGACGGUCCAGUGCCUGAAAGUCCCUGGCCGCAGAUUGCACCAAGGUCACCAGGCUGGAGAGCAAGUUCAUUCCAGCAUUCUGGGUGGAAAACAAGUUUUGCGUUCCUUCCUUUGAAGGAAAAACCC